CUCUUUCGCACCGCACUUGCGCCGGCCCUUCCCGCUCUUCCUCUCCCGCUGUAUUUAACCCUCUGACUGUUGGCCUCGCUCGGCGGGCUGGCAUCUCCUGCUUUGCCAGUCUUGCGUCUCUGCUCUCCCCUGUUCUUCCUGCGCCCCCGGCCCCCCCCCCCGGUCUUGCCCCGCUCUCGCCGGUUCUUCCACUCCCUUCUCUUCCUCCUCGCGCUCACCCGGGCUCACUCGCAUCAGAGCCGAGAGGCUACACGCCCAGCUGACUACGCGGGAACAGCUCGGGUUGAGAGACAGCUUAACGGCUGCAGGUUGGGUAGGUGCGGCAGGAGUUUAAGCUGCGAGAGCCACCAGCCAGGAGGUCCGGAGUAGUAUGGCCCGGAGAGGCGCCUUCCCUGCCGCCGCGCUCCGAUUCUGGAGCAUCCUCCCGUGCCUGCUGGUGCUGCGGGCGGAGGUCGGGCAGCCGCCGGAGGAAAGCCUGUACCUGUGGAUCGAUGCUCACCAGGCGAGAGUGCUCAUAGGAUUUGAAGAAGAUAUCUUGAUUGUUUCAGAGGGGAAAAUGGCCCCUUUUACACAUGAUUUCAGAAGAGCACAACAGAGAAUGCCAGCCAUUCCUGUCAAUAUCCAUUCCAUGAAUUUCACCUGGCAAGCUGAAGGGCAGGCAGAAUACUUCUAUGAAUUCCUGUCCUUGCGCUCCCUGGAUAAAGGCAUCAUGGCAGACCCAACCGUCAAUGUCCCUCUGCUGGGAACAGUGCCUCACAAGGCAUCAGUUGUUCAAGUUGGUUUUCCAUGUCUCGGCAAACAAGAUGGAGUGGCAGCGUUUGAAGUGAAUGUGAUUGUAAUGAAUUCUGAAGGCAACACCAUCCUGCAGACACCUCAAAAUGCCAUCUUCUUUAAAACAUGUCAACAAGCUGAGUGCCCAGGAGGGUGCCGAAAUGGAGGCUUUUGUAAUGAAAGACGGGUCUGCCAGUGUCCUGACGGAUUCUAUGGACCUCACUGUGAGAAAGCCCUUUGUACACCACGAUGCAUGAACGGCGGGCUUUGUGUUACUCCCGGUUUCUGCAUCUGUCCACCUGGAUUCUAUGGAGUCAAUUGUGAUAAAGCAAACUGCUCAGCCACCUGCUUUAACGGAGGGACCUGUUUCUACCCUGGAAAGUGUAUUUGCCCUCCAGGACUUGAGGGGGAACAGUGUGAAAUAAGCAAAUGCCCGCAGCCCUGUCGAAAUGGAGGUAAAUGCAUUGGCAAAAGUAAAUGCAAGUGCUCCAAAGGUUACCAAGGAGACCUCUGUUCAAAGCCUGUCUGCGAGCCUGGCUGCGGUACACACGGAACCUGCCACGAACCCAACAAAUGCCAAUGUCAGGAAGGCUGGCAUGGAAGACACUGCAAUAAAAGGUACGGAGCCAGCCUCACGCAUGCCCUGAGGCCAGCAGGCGCCGGGCUCAGGCAGCACACGCCUUCACUUAAAAAGGCCGAGGAACAGCAGGACCCACCUGAAUCCAAUUACAUCUGGUGAACUCCGGCAUCUGAAACGUUUUAAGUUACACCAAGUUCAUAGCCUUUGUUAACCUUUCAUGUGUUGAAUGUUCAAAUAAUGUUCAUUACAGUUAAGAAUACUGGCCUGAAUUUUAUUAGCUUCAUUAUAAAUCACCAAGCUGAUAUUUACUCUGCCUUUUAAGUUUUCUAAGUACAUCUGUAGCGUAAUGGUAUAGAUUUUCUUGUUUCAGUGCUUUGGGACCGAUUUUAUGUUAUGUAAGUUGUUCAGGUUAAAUUUUUGUCUUUUCAGUGUGUAGUUGGCAGAUAAUUUCCAAAAGUACAAUGCAUUCAUGAUGUCGAGGGGCUGGGCAACAUUAGAGAAGAUAAACGGAACAAAAAUGCAUAAAUCACAAGGGUCUGGAUGAAGCAGUUAUAAAAGUGCAGAAGUUAUAGCAUUUCAAAUUAUAUUGUCAUGUAUUUAGACAUUUGUCACAUUUUUUAAAUUCCCUUUAUUUCUAAACUCACAAUACAAUAUAUUUUGACCUUACCAUGAUUCCAGAGAAUUCAGUAUUGAAAAAAAAAGAGAGAGAGAAAGAAACAACACUGUGGUAGUGGCAUUAAACGAUAUAAUAUAUUGUAAACACAAUAAAAUAGGGAAUAUAAUGUAUGAACUUUCGGCAUUGGCUUGAAGCAAUAUAAUAUAUUGUAAACAAACACAGCUCUUACAUAAACAUUUUAUACUGUUUGUGUGUAUAAAAUAAAGGUGCUGCUUUAGUUUUC